AUGGGUAUUGUGGAGACGAGUGGAGUUACUUUCACUACAUUUCAAAUGUCUGGAGAAGACUACAAGUGGUGGAAGGCUUGCGAGGAGGGUAGCCCAACCGAUGCAGCUCCACUCACUUGGGCUCUAUUUUCAGAGAUGUUUAUGAGGAAGUUUGUUCCCCAGACCCUCCGGGAUGAAUUUCACACGGAGUUUGAGCAAUUGCGCCAGGGUGCUAUAUCAGUGUCAAAGUAUGCUAUCAGAUUCAGUGAGUUAUCCCGACAUGCGCCUGCUUUGGUUGCUACAGUCAGAGAUCGAGUUCGCAGAUUCAUCGAGAGGCUCAACUAUGCACUUCCAGCUACUAGUAAUGCUAUGGCUACUUCCAGGUUUCAAGUUGCCCAUUAUGCACCGCCAUUGUCCAGUGCACCUCCUGCAUUAGGUGCUUUCAGUGGUUUGUCCAGCCGACCAGGCCAGAGUCAAUUUCAACAGCCACACCCACCGAGAGCUUGUUUUGAGUGUGGCAAUACCAGACACAUGGUGAGGGACUAUCCCACAAUUAGGAGGGGUGCACCUCCAUAG